AUGGCAAUGGGGUCAUGAUGAGCCACCGACAAAUGGCGAGCAGGAGCAGCAUCCUGAAGUACUUUGAGUCCGCACUGAAGGGAGCACCUCGAGAGCAGGGCAGCCCCCCCUUGGCCAUCACCAACGCUCACCCUGCGCCAAACAAGACCUGCAACCUAAAAGUGAAACGCAGGAAGACGCGGCGAGAGCUGAACCGCACCAAAUUUGGCCGGGGGCUCAGCGAGAAGCCGUCUCGGCACAAGCCCUGGGCUCAGGGAGCGGGCCGGGCCAGUGAGUGCCGCUGCCGGCGGGAAAGGGCCGAGGCAGGGGCUCCCAAAACCCCUGUCCCUUCCAGCUGGGUAAUCACCCAGAACCGCCUCAGCCAGAAGCACCUGGGCAUCUUCAACAGGGAGGUCAAGUCCGUCACUGCCGAGAGGCUCCCCCUGAGUGACGGGCAAGGUGAUGCCGGAGAGCCUGCCCCGCCAACUGCCAAGGUCACCACGCCUGUGCCGGGGAAGGGAGCCGAGCCGCCAGAAGCCCCUGUGGUGGAACCGAGCUCUCCGACACCGGAGCCAGCGAGGAAGGGGUCCCAGCCAACGGUCACGCCCAGGCCCCCCGCCCCAGUCGCCGAGGUGGCGCGGAAACUCAUCCGGGCCCUUGGCACCCAGCGGGCCUUCCCAGGGCAGAGCCUGGUGCGGCAGACACAGCAGCAGCUGCUGGAGCUCCUGGUCAAGAGACACGGACACCGGGCAGCGAAGCUACUGACCACGGCGGGCAACGCUGCAGAGAAUUCUGAGCUAUGUUCAGGCAUCGAACCCCGCGAAGGGCACGUGAUUACCAGUAACGCCUCACCUUCAGGGGACCUGCUAAUGGAGGAGACCUCCCUGGGCCUCAAGGAGCAGCCUUGUAAAUUCCCUGUGCAUUCAACACCACUGAUGGUGAAUGGCGUUUUGUACAGACAGCAGCAGUGUGGUGGUUUCUCUGGAGGCACACCUUCAGUCUGUGUCCGUGCCGCUGCAGCCUCUCCAGCUGCAUGUCUCCAGCAGGAAGUGACUGACGGGACCACACUGUUUGCUGCUUCUCAGGCCUCUACCCGCCUCCUGAGGCCUAGGUGCCAGGCCCAGGAGUUGCCUUCAUCGCGACGCUUGUGGGCGAAUGCUGGGCCCUUCCAGAGGGCCCGAGCGGGUGGCACCAUAUUUCCGAGCCCCCUGCUCUGUCCGAGCUGGUCAGAUAGCGCCUGGGAUCUGCUAACGAGAGCUGCCAGCGAGACAGGGAGGAACCAGGAGCCAUCUCUGCUGCGAAUCACCGCCACGCCCAAUGGCCAUGGCACCCAGGCGAGAGGCUGGGAGUCCCUGGGCGGAGUAGGCCACAGCUGCUUCCCCGGACGGUUACGGGGCCCAGCCGCUAGCAAUCCGGAGGAGAACAGGAAUCGGGGCCUGCCCCUGGGCGAUAUUGUCAAUGUGUCCCAACCCCAGGGGCUGGAGGGGGAAAGAGAAUCCGCUGUGGCUACAAGGAGGCACCGGUUCGUCUACACCAACACUGGCCUGGCACCCCCGCUGUAUCCCGCUCAGGCCCGGGCAGGGGCUUUGCCCCUUCCCCUGGCCUUUUAUUACCCACCUUCAGGGGCCUUGGAGUGGGCCGACUCUCCGGUGCCAGGCUGGGACAGAGCCCCUCAGACACCCACCUGGGAACCCACAAGCCCCGAACCCUGGGUGUACCCCAGGAUGAAGCUGUACUGACCACUGACCAGGGAGAGAGCACUGCCCACCACUGACCAUUGCCUGGGGAUGGGGUCACUGCCCACGACUGACCAUUGCCUGGGAGGGAGCACUGCCCACCACUGACCACAGCCCAGGAAGGAGCCUUGCCCACACUGACCGCUGCUGAGGGAGGGGGCAUUGACCACCAAAUGGCAGGGGAGAGUUUGGGGAUGGAGGGGUUAUAGCUGUAGCUCAUUGCAAUUACCCCCUCCCCUCACAACAACCCCUCCCCCUCUCCUUCCCCCUCCUUUCACACCCUCCUUCCCUGACCCCCUCCUCUCUUAACCCCCUCCUCCCGCCCAGUCCUGCCAUAGAUUGGGGUGGUUUAUCGAUGGGCGUUCCCUGUCCCCUCAGUCUGGAGGUAAAUCACUCAAGGAGAAUAAUUUUUACCCUUUCUUCACUGGAAAGUUUCUGCUUUCCUGCGUUUCACCCAAAGCACUGUGAGCACCCCCACCUUCCCCAGUCCCUCAAUACCCUGGGGAUGAGGGAGCCUGAGCGAGGGAGGGGAGUAGGAGUUGAGGGGAGAAUCUGAGCGAGGGGAGCGUCUAGGGGAGAUUUGAAGUGAAGCGGUCUGGUAGAACAUUUGACUGAAACAAGGGCAGUCUGUGUAACUGUUCACCAUUUGCCCCAGAGGGGGUAAGGAUUAACCCAGGAGUCAAUGAGCAGUUGACUGAACCUUGUGUUCCGAUUCCUUUGAAGAAUGGGGGUGUGAUGUGAGACAGUUAACAGCCGCAUGAACAAUAUCGAUCCAUUGACAGGAUGUGACCAUCCCUAACCUCCCCGGGAUAACUGCUGCUAACCUGUGUUGUUGAGCAUUUAUUUGGGAGGAAGGACGGCCACGGAGCUGUUUGGGAGGGGUGGGAGGUGGAGAUUGUAAAUGGUUUACAAUAAAACCCAGCACAUGCUGAUUGAAGCUGGA